CCCCCCAAAAAAUGAAAAAGUACAAAAAUUUACAAUUAUAUAUAUUUGCAUGAAACCGUCCACGUGCCUUCACCCAUUCUCCUGCCUUCCUUAAAACCUAAGAAUUUCAAGCACAAGACACCACACCCACCACUUCCCCUGUUCUUUGGCCAUUUCCUCCAAAUUUUCUUUUUGAUUCCCAGCAAAAACCCAUAAAUCCAAAUCCCUCAAUUAGUGCAUUUAGCAGCCAAAAGAUGGAUUCUUUUUAAAAGGGUACGAGGGAAACAGAAUAACAAUAACAAUUAAGAUUCAGAGGCAGAGGCAGAGGCAGAGCAAGGCGAGAAAGAGAAGACGAAGGCACAAUAUAAAAGAAAGAUUCGGCGAGUUUCCUGAAUCAGAAGCUAGAAAGCUCGCUCCUUUGCGGGAAGAAAAGAAAAAGGCGAAGCUGCACCGACUCGGCUGGGGACCGAACACACUCUCUCUAUCGUCAUUUCCCACUUGGGGUACUUAUCCGUUUUCCCCCCCUUCUCCUUGGUUUUCGAAACUCUGUAUUGAGCUAAAAUUCCUCGCAUUUACAAUCCCUCGUUGAGAAUUCGUCAAUGGGGGUUUUGAUGGUGUUUGUCUGAUGAAUGUAAUCGGGCGGCGCUGAACCCCCGCAAUUAGCAAAACCCUAGGUUUUCUGAUUCGUUCCCACAUUGUACCCCUUUUUUUGUGUGAAUAAGAGGCUUUCUCUAUGGCAUUUGAUCACAACUUGGUUUCAAAAGAUCUGAGGCCGGUGAACGUUGCUCGGCCUUUGAUCGACGAUGGCCGCAUUGGGGUGGUGGGAGGAGGAGCAAACACCGCGCCUAAUUCAGCUACGUCGGCGGCGACGGUUAUGAGCCCUGAAUUUUUCACCGCCGCCCCCGACGGGACGAUUCCGGUUUUCUAUUCAACAGCAGCGGUGCCGGAUUCCGGCGGGUAUGUUGGCGUAGGGUAUAGGAAUGUGGCACCGGCGGCCGUUGCACAGUGGGUCCCGGUGGCAGCAGCAGCUGGUAAUGUAAAUAUUGGUGCGACGACUGUUCCAGCUGCUGUAGGGUACGGUUAUAAUCAUCCUAAUAAUUUGGGGAAUAGGGUAGUGGGUAAUGCUGUUGAUCAAGCUAGUACUGAAAUGUUGGUAGGUGGAUUUGGUUCCAAUCCUCGUACUAACCCCAAUUCGAACAACGAUUUGUUGAACUCGGGUCAUGGUUACAGCCCGAGUGCAGCCAAUCGGGGGAGUGGUGGUGGUGGGGUCGAUCACACGAGCGAAGAUGGUGGGGAUGACUCGGCAUCUGGGAAGAAAGUCAAGCUGUUGUGUAGUUUUGGAGGGAAGAUUCUGCCUAGACCGAGCGAUGGUGCAUUGAGAUAUGUCGGAGGGCAGACGCGGAUUAUCAGCGUGAGAAGAGAAGCGACAUUUGGUGAGCUGAUGCGGAAGAUGGUGGACACAUAUGGGCAACCGGUUGUUAUGAAGUACCAGCUUCCCGAUGAGGAUUUGGAUGCAUUGGUUUCAGUCUCGUGCCCUGAAGAUCUCGAUAACAUGUUGGAUGAGUAUGAGAAGUUGGUGGAGAGAUCCUCAGAUGGCUCUGGUAAAUUGAGGGUGUUCCUGUUUUCAGCUGCAGAGCUCGAUACUUCUGGUAUGGUGCAGUUAGGAGAUAUGCAGGAUAGUGGUCAAAGAUAUGUUGAUGCAGUCAAUGGGAUUGUUGCCGACAAUGGUGGUGGCGGGAUGAUCUCAAGGAAGGAGAGUAUGGCUAGUGCUACCUCGACUCAGAAUUCAGAUGUUAGCGGGGCUGAAGCAGUUGACAUCCAGGGUUUCGGACUAGGGGAUGUGACUGGAACUUCAUCGGUCAGCGGGCUUUCUCCUAAGGGGAAUUCAGUUAACUCCCAAGAUGCUACCCCGAGAUUGUUGUCUGGGGAUCCUAAUCCUAACCCACCACUUUAUGCUGACACAUCAUCUGUUUCUUUGGGGAUUCCACUUAUGAAUUCCGGUUCUCCUCCGGCAUUAAUUUCCCAGCAAGAGUUUGAUUUUGAAAGGUCAGCUGCUCCGGUAAAUCUGUCACAGCAGCAGAUGGGAUAUGAACUACCUCAAACAGGAAUGCCAGUUCAAUCGAAUGCACCUCAUCUGCCAGCAUAUAGGGACUAUUUACAUGCAGCUCCUCAAAUGGGAUACCCGAAUGCCCAAAUGUUGGCCACUGCUGGUGGGUCCCUGUUCACUCAACAACCGAUUCAUGAUGUUAAUGCUUCUCUGAGUCCUCAUCAGUAUAUCCCCGGAGUGCACAUGACGAUGGCACCCUCAUCCUCUCAUGCUCCCAUGAGGCCCGCGAUGGUUCAACCCAUGAUGCAAGCUCAACCAACUCGGUUGGACCAUUAUCCAAACGAAAAUAUGUAUGGAACGAGGAUAAUGCAGAUUCCGGUCGAUUCGAACUACAACAUGUAUCAGACACAGGUUCCUCAGCCGGCAGUUAUUGGGGGAGGGUAUAGCUGGAGGCAGGUUCCUCGGCCAGAACAUGUUGUCUAUUCUGAUGGUAUGAUUCAUCAUCAACAAGUACAAUAUCCUGAAAAAACUUCAAGACUGGAUGAUUGUCUGAUGUGUCAGAAAGCAUUGCCUCAUGCACACUCUGAUCCUGUUGUUCAAGAACAAAGUCCUCUGUCUCUUGACUCAGUCUAUCAUAGUCUUCGUUUGGAAGAAAGUUCGAAGGUCCGGCCAUUGAACAGGGUAAUGGUGACUGGAGCGUUGGCGGAAGGCACUGUUGGAGCUCAAUCAGAAGCAAUGGAUUUACCUCGGUGUGCUGAGGCAUUUCAUGAAGCCGAGAAAAUUUCCCCCAGGAAGAAGGAAGUUCCUCCGGAGCAACCUAAGAUGUCGGCUCCUCUUGGUAUGAUGGGUAUACAAAGUGAUGCUCAGUCUAGUUAUGGGCUGUUAAUGGGUGCUAUGCCUCAAUCUCGGGCAGAUGAUUCUCUUCAACAGCAGCAUCCAGUGGCAGCACCUCGUGUAGCUGGUGGUGAUCCACCUGUUCAAGCUUCCGAAGGCAUGAUAUAUGAGGCUCCAAGGGCACCACAAGUUGGUAACCUUCCGCAUGUCGUUUCAAAAGAAAACAUGCUUGAUUCUUUUGUUCCACACGACCAGCUGAAACCAAUUGAGGGCCACAAGCCAGCUACCGAUCAGAAAACCCAGCACGUUGUACCUUCAAGGGAGUUGCUUCCGGACUCGAAUUAUCUCAAGCCAGAAGCUUUGCCUGCUGCUGAAUUCUCAUAUCUACACAGCUCUCAACCCAUCGAACCAUAUGAUGUUGCUCAACCACGAUAUUCAGGCGAUCCGGGAGCACAUCUGCACUCCAUGGUUGGUGCUCUCUUAGAUUCUGGUGAUGUCAGUUGUGUCAAUCCACAGUAUGUUGUUGAGCCCGUGUGUCAUGCUGAUAGAGUCCAUCCUCCUGUUAGCGAGAGCAAUUCUGAUAUCUCCAGGCUACUAACGAGUACUCUUGCCAAUGAAGUGGAAUCCUUAGCACUGAGUGGGGAUCCACCAUCUACAGCAUCACCAUCUAGUAGACUUGGGGCAAUGCAGGAAUCUUCAGACUCCCUUUUCAGCAACCAGGAUCCUUGGAACUUGAGGCACGAUACUCAUUUCCCUCCUCCUAAACCUCUCAAGAUUGCGACUAGGAAGGACACUUUGAGUACUGGAGAUCCUUUCAAGGAAAGCAACAUUGUUAAUGCCGGGGAAUUGGUUCCAGAUGUGCUGUUGGAUGAUGGAAUUUCUCAGACACACUGCGGUUCGGAGCAUACUCUAUCUUCCAAAGGCUCAGAGGAUAGGCUUAUCAAACAAGAACUUCAGGCUGUAGCUGAAGGAGUAGCUGCCUCUGUUUUUAAGUCGAGUACACCAAGUACUGACUUAACUGGACAUGAUGGAAAUCAAACUCCUUUCGGAGCAAGUGAACAACCCAAGGAGGCUGCCUCGAUUAAAGACGUGGAAACACAGUUUAAAGCUAAAGCUGAGGAUCUGAAGAACAAACAGCCGGAAAAGGUGAACGUGGGAUUUCCAAUGUCGGAAGGUGCAGGACGCCUACAGAUUAUAAAGAGUGGUGACCUUGAAGAGCUAUUCGAAUUGGGUUCUGGUACCUUUGGAACAGUUUACCAUGGAAAGUGGCGGGGUACAGAUGUUGCAAUUAAGCGGAUCAAUGACAGAUGUUUUGCAGGAAAACCUUCAGAACAAGAACGCAUGAUUGACGAUUUCUGGAAUGAAGCUAUCAAGCUUGCUGAUCUGCACCACCCAAAUGUGGUAGCUUUUUAUGGGGUUGUACUAGAUGGCCCUGGAGGUUCCGUAGCAACUGUGACUGAGUAUAUGGUUAAUGGCUCUUUGCGGACGGCUUUGCAAAAAAACGAGAGGAGCCUGGACAAACGUAAGCGCCUCUUAAUCGCCAUGGACGUGGCUUUUGGCAUGGAAUAUCUGCAUGGGAAAAAUAUAGUUCAUUUCGACCUGAAGAGUGACAAUCUGCUAGUUAAUCUUAGAGAUCCGCAUCGUCCGAUAUGCAAGGUUGGCGAUCUGGGCUUGUCGAAAGUAAAAUGUCAAACGCUAAUCUCAGGUGGUGUAAGGGGAACACUUCCAUGGAUGGCACCUGAGCUUUUGAACGGCAGCAGUAGCCUUGUAUCUGAGAAGGUUGAUGUGUUCUCAUUCGGUAUCGUGUUGUGGGAGCUUCUUACUGGGGAAGAGCCAUAUGCAGACUUACACUAUGGCGCGAUAAUAGGUGGCAUUGUCAGCAACACCCUGAGGCCGCCAGUGCCAGACUCUUGUGACCCGGAAUGGAAAUCGUUGAUGGAGAGAUGCUGGUCCUCAGAGCCUGCCGAGAGGCCGAGCUUUACCGUGAUAGCGAACGAGUUGAGAGCAAUGUCAGCCAAGAUACCUUCCAGGGGGCAGACUCCCGCUCAGCAAGGUGCUUCCGCGCAACCUCAACCUCAAAAGUGAGUCUCCAGGGGAGUUGGUUCUUUCCUCGUGGCUCAAUGGAGACAGAGUUAGCAGACAUCAGAGGUAAUCUGCUGCAAGUCAAUAUGGGUUUAUCUGUAGGAAGGAUGAGAACGCCCGUCAUUUAACCUUUACCUUAUUUUCUUUAGUAGAGAUGAUUAUAGUUGCUGGACUCUUUUAAGAGUAACUAGGGGUUUUUUUUUUAAUGGUUGUGACUAGUGUUUUUGGUUUCGUUUCCUGUGUGCAAAAAGGGUCAAAAAGGAAAAAAAAGAAGAAAUUUUGUUUCGUGUACUUGAAACUUUCGUCUCAUUGACAAUCUUGUUAUAUAUAUCAUUAUAUUUGUGUACAUUAUUCGAA